AUGGGGGAAAUACGCGGCGGAGAUUCGAGAUCCCACCAAAAAGGGGGUCAGGGUCUGGCUGGGAUCGUUCGAUUCCGCCGUCGAGGCCGCCAAGGCGUACGACAGCGCCGCCUUCCGCCUCUGCGGCAGCAGGGCGAUCCUCAAUUUCCCGCUCGACGCCGCCCGGAAUUCGGACUCUCCGGCAGUUUCAAUUCCCCCCGAUUCGGCUGUUCCGGCGGGAUUAGGAAGAGGAAGAUUGGGGAAAUCGAGGGCGGUGGUGAGGGGAGUUUGAAGGCGGUGAAGGCGGAGAACCAGUCGUCGCCGGCGGUUGCGCAGGGUUUGGGGGAACCGCUGCCGUUGACACCGUCGAGCUGGAAGGAGAUCUGGGACGGGGAAGUCAAAGGGAUAUUCAGCGUCCCGCCGUUGUCGCCGUUGUCGAAGUGA